AUGUCUUCAGCAAAGAAAGUCGUCUUCAUCACUGGUGCCAACACUGGCCUAGGCCUUGAAGCAGUCAAAGCUCUUCUCAAGUCCAGCGUACAAUACGACAUCGUCCUCGGCAGCCGCAAAAUCGAAAAUGGCCACAAAGCAGUGAAAGCUCUGAAGAAGGACUUCCCAGACACCUCAAGCACCCUCUCCGUCGUCCAAGUCGACCUAGAAUCCGACGAGUCGAUCACAAACGCCCGCGACACCAUCUCCACCCAAUUCGGCCGCCUCGACAUCCUCGCCAACAACGCCGGCGGAAACUUCGACGGAGAGGUCCAAAACGGCACCAUAUCCUACCGCGAAGGCUGGAACAAAGCCUGGAAUUUAAACGUCGCAGGCACCAUGGUCAUCACCUCCGAAUUCCACGUGCGAACAGACACGCCAUCUUUCAAAGCCAUGAACGCUUCGCCGCCGGCUGGGUGGCCGAAGGAGAAAGUGCUGAAUCCGACGGCUAUGUAUCGCAGCUUCAAGACGGGGAUGAAUAUGGCUAUGCUGGAGUGGCAUCUGAUGCUGAAGAAUGAUGGUGUGAAGGUGUUUGCGGUGUCGCCGGGGUUUUUGGCGACGGGGUUGGCGGGUGUUGGGGUGGAGAAGUUGAAGAGUAUUGGGGCGUUGGAUCCGGCUGUUGGUGGGGAGUUUGUUAGGGGUGUUGUUGAGGGCAAGAGGGAUCAAGAUGUUGGGAAGGCGAUUCGGAGGGAUAGUGUUCAGCCUUGGUAG